AUGGCGACAGACGGCACAACCGUGCCCUCGGCGGCGCACGCAAACAAAGCAGCCACAGUAGUGCCUUGGGCCGGAGGCCGUGCACGAGCACGCCGCCAAGAAGACAAAGACGACCGGCCCGGUGGCCCGUUUUGUCACGCAUCCUGCCACGACAAAGAGCGCGUCGUGGUAGGCGCCGUGCCGGCCGAGGAUCUGCCCGGCGACGUGAGCAGCAAGGGCUACGGCGGCAAGCAGCUGCUGCUGCCAGCGCCGCCGAAGCAGCAGCAGCAACCUGAUGUGGAGGCCGAGAGCGGGUGGUACCAGGAGGAGAUCGACGACGACCUCAAGCUGUGCUACGCUCUUAACAGCGUGCUGCACCGAGGGGCGAGCAAGUACCAGGAGAUCGUGCUCCUCGACACGAAGCAUUUUGGCAAGGCUUUGAUAAUCGAUGGGAAGAUGCAGAGCACGGAGAUGGACGAGUUCAUCUACCACGAGUCCUUGAUACACCCACCUUUGCUCUUCCAUCCAAACCCGGAGACAGUGUUCAUCAUGGGAGGCGGCGAGGGCUCUGCGGCAAGGGAGGUCCUGAGGCACAAGACCGUUCAAAGGGUGGUCAUGUGCGACAUAGAUCAGGAGGUAGUGGACUUCUGCCGAACGUACCUGACGGUGAACCGCCAAGCGUUCAGCAGCGAAAAGCUCUGCCUCAUCAUCAAUGACGCCAGGGCUGAGCUGGAGAAGAGCAAGGAGAAGUUUGACGUGAUAGUAGGAGACCUGGCAGAUCCAGUGGAAGGAGGCCCCUGCUAUCAGCUGUACACCAAAUCGUUCUACGGGCUUAUCGUAAAGCCCAAGCUUAAUGGCCAGGGCAUCUUCGUCACCCAGGCUGGACCUGCUGGUGUUCUCACUCACAAACAAGUCUUCUCAUCGAUUUACAACACCCUUAGGCAUGUCUUCAAAUAUGUUCGAGCUUACACUGCCCAUGUUCCAUCUUUCUCAGACACCUGGGGUUGGGUCAUGGCCUCGGACCAUCCAUUCGAUCUCACUGCUCAGCAGAUCAACGAAAGAAUCAGAGACAGGGUCGAGGGAGAGCUCGCCUACCUGAGCGGGGAGUUCUUCAUUUCCUCCACCACAUUGAACAAGAGCGUUCAUCAGUCGCUGCUGAAUGAGACCCAUGUAUACACCGAGGAUGAUGCCAGGUUCAUCUACGGGCAUGGAAGGGCAUGUCGCGCUGUCAGUUCAUAG